AUGCCCUACCGCGAGCAGAGGCGCCCGGAUAUGUCCCCGUCCUUUGACGAGCGAGCACCACUCCUACAGUUUCCAAGCUCAAACGGGGGUCGACAAGACACGGAGCGAAAACCAGUUUCCAAAUCCUCAGGUCCUUACGGAGGAAGACAGGAAAUAGCAAUCGUUGACCUCCCAGACGCCUAUAACCAAUUCUGUCGGCUUAUAGGCAACCCUCCAUUCGACCACCCACCAGGCAAGAAGCACGUACCGCCCAAGGACAGUCUAUACAAUCGGGCUGUCAACCAUCGAAAAUACCAGGAAAGAAUGUACUACUUCAGCUCAACCUUAACCAACACCUUGCUCCUCUCGCAGAUAGUCCUCGGCGCCACGCUCACAGGUCUCGGUGCGAGCGAUCAGAGCCGUGUCCUAAUCACCAUCUUCGGCGCCUUGAACACUGUCAUUGCAGGUCUAGUCGCUUUCCUGAAGUCCCGGGGUCAGCCAAUGCGCGCGAGGAUGUUCCGUGAUGAUCUGGAUAGGGUGGUAGAUGAGAUCGAGAAUUCUGCUGUGAUGUGGAAGGGUAUCAGCCAGAAAGUCCAUGGAUACGACGCAAUUGACACUGACGAGUCUGUCACUGUGCGUAGUGAGGUCGCUCGUUUAACGAGACUCUACGAUCGAGCUGUGAAGACGAAUACCAUGAAUGACCCCGAUUUCUAUGGAUCAGGAAUCUCGAUGGAUGGGCAUAACACCGGUGGACUUCGAGGUCGGACCGAAGCGACGCCUGCUGCAGUGCCAAUACCUGCCGCGCCAUUGCCCUCCGCCGCCACGCCUGCUGCGGCACCCGUACCUGCUCCCGAACCUGCUGCCGACCCAGAUGAAAGUCCGGCCACGAAAGCUCCCGCCAAGAAGGAUGAACCUCCAGCAGCCGUCUCUAUCGCAGACACCCCGGCUCCAUCCGACAUCUCCAAGGCAGUGGAAGGCAAGCCUCAGCUGGCGGAAGACUUACUGAAGACCAUCGAGAGUACCCACGGGCCAAGCAGCGGUGCUCCCGCACCCGCGGCGGAUCAAAUGCAACCUGCUCCACCGCCACCGACCACAGCUGCAGUAGAUCCUGAUGAAAGUCCCGCCACUUCGGCGAAAUUGGUGAGGUCGAAAUCGAACAAAGACAAAGAGUCGAAGGCGCAGGAAGCAUUGGCGAGCAACACUCGGAAAGUGACCGAAGAUCUGAGUGGAACUUGA